UCCAUCACAGGAAGGAAGUCCGAAGCUACUGCUCUCUACUGUGGUCUUAGCUCAUCUACGAUUGACUCCCCAUCAGUCUUGAAUAGGAGCCUGAGCUCCACCACUACGGUCCUGUUCAAGAUGCCCAGCUUCCUAUCUCCAAUGUGGAGUCUGUGUUGUAUGGCACUCUUAAUCUCGCAGCAAGGAUCCUUGACCUUGGGCCAGACAUGGGGUGUCCUAUAUGGACAGCAGAGUGUUUGCGUAUUUCAUGGGGCCUCAGUUGUCCUGCCAUGUGAGUUCUCCCACCCAAAAGGCCUCCAGGUCAAACAAGCCUUCUGGAUCAACGAUGCUGCCAGUCGCUCCGAUAUUUCUAAGGAGGAACGUUACCGCAAUCGAGUGCAAUAUUUGGGGGACAAGGUCCGCAACUGCACCCUGGAAUUGUCUGCCUUGUCCGCAGCCGACGAUGGAGUCUAUUGGUUCAGAAUGACAACAAAUGCAAAUGUUACAUCCGAGAAUUGGACAGGAGAGCCAGGGGUUCAGGUGUCUGUGACAGGCCUCCGUGUUUCGGGCCCUAAAACUGCACUCGUUGGGGAAAGAGCUAUGCUUGAGUGCACCACCACCUGCCAGCCACAAGCCAAAAUGCCAUACACGUGGAUGAAGAAUAACAAGCCAAUGUUGAAUACGACCACCUCCACUGACACAGAAAAACUGAUCCUGGGUCAGAUCGCCAUAAGUCACGAGGGGGAGUACGCUUGUGCCCAUGGCAACAAGGUCAUCUCUUCGCCCGCCAUGAAACUCUCUGUAGAAUAUCCCCCAAAGAAAACGUCCAUCUCUGUAACCCCACCCGGUGAGAUUGUAGAGGGAGUUCCAGUGACUCUGACCUGCAGCAGUGAUGGUCGGCCCUCUGUGAAGACCUACACCUGGUACAAGAAAACUGGACCAAACGUGUCUCAGAUCGGACAAGGACAAAACUACACCUUCAAAAAUAUCAGUACAAACGACAGUGGACAGUAUUUCUGUAUGUCAGCCAACAAACAUGGGGGACAGAAUUCAACAUUUGGAUUUUUCGACAUUCUCUAUCCACCUCAACACACGUCAAUAUUUGUUCAUCCUGCCGCUGAAGACCUGGAGGUAGGAUUUGUGUCUAUGCAGUGUAGCAGCGAUGGCAACCCAAAGGUGGAGAACUACACGUGGUUCAAGGAGAAUGUGAUGCCCCCUGUAGGAGCAGGACAGAACUACAGCACAGGGGAGAGUGGAUGGUUCUACUGUGAGGCCUGGAAUAAAGUAGGAACGCAGAAGAGUGUUUCUCUGCACAUCGCUGGAAGAAGGAAGUUCAGUUUUUUGUUUAUGUUGAUUUUGAGCAUCGCAGGUAUAUUCACUGUGUGCAUUGCAGUGACUGUUGCUUUGGUUUGCAGUUUUAAAAGGAGAAGUACAACCAGUCAGAAGAACCAACAGGCACAUGCUGACCAGAGAGACCUUAACACUGACACCUACGUAGCCCUCCAGAUGAAAUCUAUAAGCUCCGAUUAUGAAACAUUGACCAGAGGCAAAGACAAUGAAUGCACCAAUGACGUGUGUGGACCAACAUAUGAGAAUUUAAGGGAAGAUACAGAUGCCUGGUCAGACUCUAUGGAAGUGCAGGUCACACAGGCUGUAAAGGUCACGGUGGAGAAAGCCUGGGACAGUCCUGAGGCUGUGUAUGAGAACCUGCCGGAAGAGAGAGGAGGUCAAACCCGGAACUGAUGCUGCUGGUCAACUGUAGAUCAGAGCCACAGACACAGCCUCAGGGUUUGCACGCCGUGACCCGAAAAGCUGUGAGUUCGACUCCCAGCUUCCAUUCUUGUGCCCCUGAGCAACACACUCAACCCAGAGUUGCUCCCUGGAGUCUGACCCUGCAAUUAGUCGACAUCUGUUAGUCGCUUUGGGUAAACGUGUCAGCCAAAACAGAUAAAGAAAUCACGAUUUCACAGAAAAAGAACUACACUACCCAAAAUCCUAAACAGUAAAAAAAAGAGUCUUUGAUUGGUAGCAGUCACGGUGGAAAUGUGUCAUGGAUAAAUUGCUGAAAUGAAAUAAAUCUCCAAAAUGAAAUGAAGCGUAUGAUCACGAUUUACUGCAUAGCUGGUGAGCGUGAGGCUUUUGAGAAAUUCAGUUGCGGAGCCUGAGUUGAGGUGAGACUGUAAACACACAGGCAAGAACAGUAACAGAUAUCCGUAUUGUUACUAACAACAUUGAAUCACAUUUUAUCUUUUAUAAAUGUAUUAGUAUGUAUUUUUUAGCUUCAAUAACGAUUACAGACAAGGGAUGUAAUGAGAAAAUCAGAAUGUACAGUAGAUAUGGGAUUGAGUAUCUCUGAGUGUCAUGUGUGGUGCCCUGAUCUGUGAAAUGUCCGGUUCAUGACAGAAUAUAAAGUAAACAAAUAAAAAAUAAAAAGUCACUGAAAGGCUAAUGUUCAGGGUACUAGCCUUUAG